UAAGGUUACACUGGUUGUAAAGUGAUCCCUCCUACUCUCGGGCUUGCAGAGCGAGCGAGGCAGGAAGGAAGGCUAGGCAUUGCAUGCUAACAAGGGGAGUUCAUGUUGGAACUGUUGUAGAUGGUGGGUGGUUUAACAUCAAGCUAUGGAGAACUACCAUUAACCUGGUAUGAGCCAGCGCGAAAUUCACGUUGAUCGUCAUCACCAUUACCAUCAUCAUCACCCGCACAACCGUCUUAAUCUUUUCCGCUAAGUGAAAUGUAUCGGGACUGCUCGGGAUCCGAAUUCUGACAAUGGAGAUUGAAAAUAUCGUGGCCAACACUGUGCUGCUCAAGGCAAGAGAAGGUGGUGGAGGCAAGAGGAAUGGGCGGAGUAAGAAAUGGAAGGAGAUGCUGAAACUGCCCCACAUCAGCAUGUGCGAGGAGCUGCGACGCACCAUCGACAGGGAUUACAGUAGCUCGUGUGAGAAGCAGCCAAUCGGGAGACUGCUCUUUCGCCAGUACUGCGACACCAGACUCGAGCUAAAGCGCUGCAUUGAGUUCCUAGAUGCUGUGGCGUUGUAUCAGCUGGCCCCGGACGAGAAGAGAAGAGACUGCGGCUUGAAUGUUUUAGACACAUACUUUAAUAAUGGGUCAGCGGCCCAUCUUCCAGAAAUACCUCAGGACGUGGUGGUGGCGUGCAGAGAGCGGCUAGAAGAUACUCCCUGCAAGGAACUCUUUGAGGACUGUGCUAGAAUUGUCCGUGAAUAUCUCAGUGGAGCACCCUUCUCCGCCUAUCAGGAGACGAUGUAUUUCUCACGCUUCCUUCAAUGGAAGUGGCUAGAGAGGCAACCCGUAACCAAAAAUACCUUCAGACAUUACAGAGUACUGGGAAAAGGUGGAUUUGGUGAGGUGUGUGCCUGUCAAGUGCGAGCCACUGGUAAAAUGUACGCCUGUAAAAAGCUGGAAAAGAAACGAGUAAAGAAGAGAAAAGGUGAAGCCAUGGCAUUAAACGAAAAGCGCAUUUUAGAAAAAGUUAACAGUUUUUUUGUAGUUAGUUUAGCAUACGCCUAUGAAACCAAGGACGCUCUAUGUCUAGUGUUGACAAUAAUGAAUGGCGGGGAUCUGAAGUUCCACAUCUACAACAUGGGCAACUCUGGCUUCGACGAGCAGCGCGCCAUCUUCUACGCUGCGGAGAUCUGCUGUGGCCUGGAGGACCUGCACCGGGAGAGGAUAGUCUACAGAGAUUUGAAGCCUGAAAAUAUCCUCUUGGAUGACCGUGGGCACAUCCGGAUUUCCGACCUGGGCCUGGCUGUCCAGAUUCCUGAGGGAGAGACGAUAAGGGGCCGUGUGGGCACAGUGGGCUACAUGGCUCCGGAGGUGAUCCAGAAUGAAAGCUACACCGUCAGCCCGGACUGGUGGGGGCUGGGCUGCCUGAUUUUCGAAAUGAUCCAGGGCCAGUCUCCAUUCCGCCGCCGCAAGGAGCGUGUGAAGCGCGAAGAGGUGGAUCGGCGAGUGCGUGACGACCAAGAGGAAUACUCAGACAAGUUCUCAGAGGAGGCGAAGGACAUCUGUCGAAAGCUGCUAGCAAAGGACCCCAAGGAGCGUCUGGGUUGCCAAGGUGGGGGUGGCACGGAGGUGAAGCAGCACACCAUUUUCAGGAACGUCAACUUCAAGAGGUUGGAGGCCAACAUGCUGGACCCGCCCUUCUGCCCUGAUCCCAGAGCAGUCUACUGCAAGGAUGUCCUGGACAUUGAACAGUUCUCCACUGUCAAAGGCGUCAACCUCGACACAACGGAUGAUGAUUUCUACCACAAGUUUGUCACAGGGAGUGUCUCCAUCCCAUGGCAGAAUGAGAUGAUCGAGAUGGAAUGCUUCAAGGAGAUCAACGUGUAUGAGCUGGACGGCAUCCUGUGCUCCGACCUGGACAUCAACAGGCCCAACCCGCCGCCAAAGAGAGGCUUCUUCUACCGGCUGUUCAGGAGAGAGGCAAGUGCUAGUGCUGCGCCGGCCACAGUGCGUGGGGGAGGGGGUUAAGGUGUGUUUUAAGAGUGGCUACAGUGAAGAGGAGGAGGAGCCCUCACGACUUUGAACCACUCCCCUUGCCCUCGCUCCACCCCCAUUGGUCAGCUGCCAGUCACAACGCAGAUCUUACAAACUCCAUGAAUGUUAAAACUAACUGUAUUUAUGAAUUGUAACAAAAGUGUAUUAUAAUUCAAGAAAAAAAUAUGAGUUUAAAGAUUUUGUACAUUUGUACUUGAAUUAUGUCUAGAUGUAUAUUUUCACUAAAGGUUGUAUUGUACAAAAGCCAUAUGAGUACCACUUGAAUGCAUACACAGCAUUGUUUUCUUUUAUUAUUUUGGAAUGAGUAUGAACAUGUGUAUUUAAGGAUUUUUUUUAAUGAAGCACAGUAUGGUAUUCAUUGACCUUUUUUGUGUUCAUUUUCCAAGGUAGCAUCUGGCCUUUUGUUUGUAUGGCCUUUUCGUCUGCAUUGCUUUUAAUUCAUGUAUAGUUUUUUUUUCUCUGACAUUUGCCUGCAUCAAGCUGCAAGUUGAUUUGCCAAUUAAGCCCAAAUGGGUCAGAUGUAAUGUGUCAAAAGACUCUUUUCCACUGCCGGUUUUCUGGUAGGCCUACAGCUCGACACAGCGGGACUCGGCCGCCACUUGCUUUUCGAAUAGACACGAUACAGCUCAAUCGUAAAGCAAAAAGUGGCAGCCGUGUCGCGCUGUGUCGAGCUGUUAGUUCUACCAGAAAAACUGUGGUGGAAAAGCGGCAAAAAUGGCCAAUAGACUUUAAGGGAGUAAAGGCGUAGACAUCAGUAUAGGUCAUAGAACUAGUGCUUUGCCAUCUUGGCCGAACGUCUAUUUUCAGUAGGUGUUUACUACAACUUACAGAAGCUUGAAAUCUUGUUUCUUUUUACUCUCUUUUCCCUUGUUCUUUUUUUUUUCAAAGCUGGCCUCACUGUUACAAUCAUUGUCAUUUGUAGAAAGCGUUGGUGGCUUAUACUCUUGUCAGGUAAGAUUGCAGGUCACUGCUUAUGUGCAGGACUGGAGAGAUAACAUGCCUCAGUUUUAAAGGACCAUUGCCAGUACCUUUCUGCUCUGGUAGCUAAGGUUGAGGAAAGAAAGGCAUCAUUCAAGUCAAGUAGAGUGUGAUGUUGCAUGGUUGGCAAAACAAGACUUACGUUUGGAUGUAAGGUUAAGGCACGCAGUUUGACAACCAUGCACAUUGCAAUAGUACAAACUGUCUUUGGACACUGCACAGUGAAAUAUUAGGUUGUAUACAUCUUUUUGAGACUUUUGAUGAUCCUCUUGAAUUUAACAUUCCAAAUAUCCACAGAUAUGCGUAAGGGUACUUAGGAUGAGUGUCUUUUGUGUAUGUGAGCGCGUGCCAGUUUAAACACUGACGCAAGAAUGUCCAUGCCUUAAAUUUAAACCUGAAGAUCUGUCACUGAUUAGAUCUUUCCUGUGCAUAUUCUCGCUAUACUUCAGAAAAGAGCAACACAGUUGUUUAUUUACAGAUCAUUGUGCAUUGAUUGUUGCCAUGAUGCAUGAUAUACAGAUAUCAGAGAUAAUCUAGUUAAACAUUUAUAUUGUGUAUUUUGUGAUUUCAUCCUACACACAUUAGCCAAAAACUCAUGCUAUGCACAUUUAGUUACGCAACAUGUCUUGACUACCUUUUAAGAAAUAUUUAUGGGCCAUUUCUGAGACCGUUUACUUUCAUUUACCAGCACGAGAGGCACAUGUGCUUUAUGACUCUUAUCUUAUUUACUCCUUAUCCAGGCUACUCUGAGGCAAACCACCCACAUAUUCCCCAUACAUUAUUUCAGAACAUCAAUCAUUUAUCAUAUUAGUUUUUUACCCAUCAUGUAGCCUGUUUAUAAAUCAGGGUCUAAGAAGCUUGGCACACUCUGAAUGGCAUAUGUGAUUACAUAUCAGUAGGUUUUUGUUUUUUUACUUGGCACCAUAUAACCAUUCUUCCUUUUGUAGGUUUCUUCCCUCUUUCUCUUAUUCUCAAAGUCCUGUCAUGUGAAUUAAGUAGUAUUGGAUAUAAAGCCCUGUGUCAGCAAGUUGAGCAUAUAUUCACCAUGGUAGAGACUCAGCAACACAUUAUCCUCAAUAUGCCCUGCAUCUCUCUCACACAUCCGCUAGUCCGAAUAAUGCAUUUGGCGUUUAUAUUAAAAGUGUAGUGAGGAAUCAUGAAAAGUUGUCCUCCUUUUUUAUGCAAUGUCUCAUACUCAAGUGAAUGAGCUGAGUCAACCUGCCACCCCCAUACCAAAACACUUGUUUAUUUUAGUGGUUCAAAUGUAGGUUUGAAGGUGACGCUUCUUCUUGGACAGGAUGUUGACAUAUAGCUUUUGCUCACCAGCAGAACUGCUCGGAGCAAAGCUUAACUGACUUGGUUUCAAUGUUUUUUGUUUGUUUAGUUGUUCUUUCAAACUGUAUAUGUAUUAUAAUUUUAAUGCUGUGAAAAAUCAGAGACUUUUAUAACAUUUUCUUUCUUCCUCUAGUUUAAUCAUGUGUGCAUGUUGUACUGUAUUAAUGCCAACCAACUUAGGAUGGCACACCCCUUACAUUGUGGGGUCCUCCACUCUCCUGCUUGUAAAUAAAACCUGGGGGUUGAUGGAGACAGUUGGUCUAGACUAGAGUAAGCUGUCAAAAGAGUGCUUGAAAGCUUUCCUCUCACUGAUAAUGCACGUCUUCUCCCCUGGAGUCUUUGCUAGGCUCCUGAAUCACAUUCAAAGGCCACAUGUGCAUUUGUUUCUGUGAAAAUCUCUAUGUGCUCUCAACGUUCAUAGAUAUUUUUGUUGCUUUUAAGAGGGGCACUGUGUGAUUGCUAGAUGGAAGUGUGUUUGUGUGUGUGUGUUUGUGUGUGUAUGAGUGUGUGUUUGUGUGUGUGUGUUUGUGUGUGUAUGAGUGUGUGUGUGCGCGUGUGCAUUCCUGUGUGUGAUUGGACAAAUAAUACAGCAAUUCAAUUUCAUGUGAAGUUCAUUAGAGACACGAUUGAGCUUUAAGAUGGAUUCAACCAUUGUGGUGUACAGCAUUCCAUAUUUACACCUAUUUAGUACUAAAUGCUGCUCUAUACUGCUGCUCAGCUGCUUACCCCUCCACUGUCUGCAGGGUGGCCUGACUUGCCUGUCAAACAUUAUUCUACUUCCAAUGUCAUGUCAUUCAGGAUGCUGUAUUAAACCCCGUCUUUUACUUCUGUGCAUUUACAAUACGUUCAAAAUACACAUAAAAUUCAUUAUUGCAUUACAGAGAUGAGAAUAGCUCUCAGGAUUUUCUUUGUGUUGUUUUUCUCGACUUCCAUCAAAGUUUAAUGUCUCAACAAAGGGAAUAAUAGCGUCACUGUUUAUGAGAACACAUGAAAGUUUAGCCUUUUCAACACAUGUGCCAAUUAUCACUCUGUACUCGUCAUAUCUUUUUUCCAUUCCAACAGCACACAUCAGCUUACUUUUUUGUUUCAACACUUUGUCAGCAAGGAAGUCUGGCUUUGUACAUGUUUGAAUGUGUGCACAAAGUGUAUUUUAAUGUCUGCUAAAAAUGAAGAUGAUGAUAAUAAAAAAGUUGAAUUUA